GUGAAAUCUUCAUUGACGAUUCUCUCUAUUUCUUCCUCUUCCGUUAUUCCUAUUGAAAUAAUCGAUAUUUCACGAGGAUUUACUUCGUAUUUUAGGAAAACAACGACAAUAGGGAGGAAGAAAUGGCCGCAAAACCAAGGCCACAGAAUCCAGGUUCCUGGCCGCCACCGAUACCAACGCAUCCACCUGAUCAUACCAUACCACCGCUACCCACUCAUCCACCGUAUCUAGAAUUACCAACGUUCUCAACGAUAAAACCAGUUUCCACAUCGAAAAAACCUGAUAUUGCGACGACCUGGCCAACGAAGAAACCUGCCUGGUGGCCAAAUGUACCAACUGUAUCAACGACCAGUGAAAAACCCUCAGGAACUAUUUCGAGCAUUGAUAUGUCUCAAUGCGGUGCAAAGAACGGUAUUCAGGACCAGGAAAGAAUCGUAGGCGGUCAGAAUGCUGACCCUGGCGAGUGGCCUUGGAUCGCGGCACUCUUCAACGGUGGCCGACAAUUCUGUGGUGGUUCACUCAUCGACAAUAAACACAUUCUCACUGCAGCUCAUUGUGUUGCCAACAUGAAUUCCUGGGAUGUGGCAAGAUUAACGGUCCGUCUUGGAGAUUACAAUAUCAAAACUAACACGGAGAUCCGACAUAUCGAACGACGAGUGAAACGAGUAGUCAGACAUAGAGGCUUUAAUGCACGUACUCUGUAUAACGAUAUUGCACUACUCACACUCAAUGAACCCGUUUCAUUCACGGAACAAAUACGACCCAUCUGUCUGCCGAGUGGUUCACAGUUGUAUCCUGGAAAAAUUGCUACAGUCAUUGGUUGGGGUUCCUUGAGAGAAAGUGGACCACAACCAGCAAUACUUCAAGAAGUUUCCAUACCUAUUUGGACAAAUAGUGAAUGCAAAUUAAAAUACGGUGCCGCAGCACCUGGUGGUAUUGUAGACAGUUUCUUGUGUGCGGGACGAGCUGCGAAAGAUUCUUGCUCGGGUGAUAGUGGUGGUCCUUUAAUGGUCAACGAUGGUCGUUGGACACAAGUUGGUAUUGUCAGUUGGGGUAUUGGAUGUGGUAAAGGUCAAUAUCCUGGCGUUUAUACUAGAGUAACGCAUUUCCUGCCUUGGAUUUAUAAAAAUGUGAAAUAAAACUCAGAUUAGUUUUAUUCAGUUUUUUACCAUUGUCAUCCUCGCAUCAUCAAAGCCGACAUAAUAAUAUAUAAUAUAAUUAAGAAUCAUUGACUAAAAAUUUAUAUAUAAAUAAAAAUGAAAAUUUUUAUUCCUAUAAUUUAUUCUUAUGCAAUUUGUUUUAUGAACUGUUAUCAUUAGCAAAAUAAAUAGCAAAACAACAUGUUUAUCUAGGAACAAGUGAUGACACAAAAAUUUUAA